UCGCGAUAAGAGGCACGGAACGCGGAGACCCUUUUGCCAGAGCGCAGCCGGCUGCGGAAGGGAACCGUACAAGCAAUUCUCGCGAGAGGUAGUGUGACCGUAGCUUGUGGAGAGGGGCGGAGGCCCAGAGGGGCACCACGUGGGGACUGCCGGAGCUGUCUCGGGCGGGCGUUCAGUUUGGGUCUAGGUUGGAGUUGGAACCGUGGAGAUGCGAAAGGAAACGCCGCCCCCACUAGUGCCCUCGGCGGCCCGCGAGUGGAACCUUCCCCCUAAUGCGCCCGCUUGUAUGGAACGACAGUUGGAGGCUGCGCGGUAUCGUUCUGAUGGGGCGCUCCUGCUCGGGGCCUCCAGCCUGAGUGGCCGCUGCUGGGCUGGCUCCCUCUGGUUGUUCAAGGACCCUUGUGCCGCCCCCAACGAAGGCUUCUGUUCCGCUGGAGUACAGACGGAGGCCGGAGUGGCUGACCUCACUUGGGUUGGGGACAGAGGUAUCCUAGUGGCUUCCGAUUCAGGUGCUGUUGAAUUGUGGGAGCUGGAUGAGAAUGAGACACUCAUUGUCAGCAAGUUCUGCAAGUAUGAGCAUGAUGACAUCGUGUCUACAGUCAGUGUCCUCAGCUCUGGCACACAAGCUGUCAGUGGUAGCAAAGACUUCUGUAUCAAGGUUUGGGACCUUGCCCAGCAGAUGGUAGUGAAUUCAUACCGGGCUCACUCCGGGCAGGUCACCUGUGUCGCCGCCUCUCCCCACAAGGAUUCCGUGUUCCUUUCAUGCAGUGAGGACAACAGAAUUUUACUCUGGGAUACCCGCUGUCCCAAGCCAGCAUCACAGAUGGGCUGCACUGCCUCUGGCUACCUACCUACCUCCUUGGCUUGGCAUCCUCAGCAGAGUGAAGUCUUUGUCUUUGGUGAUGAGAGUGGGACCAUCUCCCGUGACACCAAGAGUGCAAGGUGUGCCCUCAGCUCAGCUGUGCACUCCCAGUGUGUCACUGGACUGGUGUUCUCCCCACACAGCUCUCCCUUCCUGGCCUCUGUCAGUGAGGACUGCUCACUUGCUGUGCUGGACUCGGGCCUUUCCGAGGUGUUUAGAAGCCGAGCCCACAGAGACUUUGUGAGAGAUGCUACGUGGUCCCCGCUCAAUCACUCCCUCCUUACCACAGUGGGCUGGGACCAUCAGGACCACCACAUCGUGCCCACGGAGCCUCUCCCAGCCCUUGGACCUAAGAGUGUUGCUGAGUAGAUAAGACAAAAAACAAAUCCCCCAUGAGUAACCACUCCCUUGCCCUGCCCUCUCAGUCUGUGAGACCACACAGGAGCCUUAUACACUAUGUUGAUACACUAGAUCUGGGCAGUUAAUAGGCAUUGUCUCUCAGCCCAAGGAAGGCUGGAUUCUGGGAUCCUGUAGUCCUAGGGAAGAAAAACUUUCCUAAAUUGGAUAUGUAUGUGUGUCUGAGUGUGUGUGUAGGAUGCAUAGUUUUUGGUGGUGGGGGGGAAUUAAAAUCCAUCUUAUGUCUUUCCCAAGUCCUUCCCCACCAAAAAAAAAAACAAAAACCAAAAAACCCCCAAAAAGUUCACAAAAGGGUUUUAUGCUUCCUAUGUAGCUGUGCAUGAGGAAUUGGCCGUGGCUAGAUGGAAUGUGGAUGUGGGCAUCCCUGGAUUCUUGGAAGCAGCUUAUAUACUACUCCUGGAGAUAGAAGCAAUUUAUUUUUUAUAAAACUUAAUCUACCUUUCUCAUGGGCAAUGCUUCCAUCCACAAAACUCUUGCCCGACUCACCUUGAGGAAGAGCCAGAACACUCAUCAUAGUUUUGCACAUCUCCUUGCCAUGAAACUGACUCAAAAAUACAUUUUUUGGCUGGUGCCUGUGUAAUGCUCCCCACCCCUCGUGGAGUUGUGUGUAUGGAAAGAUGAGUGUUUCCUGUCGUAGAUUCCAUGGAAAAAGUUUGGGGGGUGGUUACAGAGCUUAAAGGCAUUUCGAUUAAGUGAAAAACUGACCCAGGCUUGCAGAGAAACGUGCCACAUCUCCCACCCCCAAACAGCUUGGGGUCUGACCUCUCCUGGCCUCUGGAUCCCUUUCUCUGGAUAUAGGAAGUCUGAAUGCUGUUUUUGUGGACUCUGAAGAUUUUAAAUGCAGCAUCAGAGAAUCAGAAAUACUGGUUGGUGAAAUAAAAAGUUUAGGCUUUGCUGGCCUGUCUUUUGAAGCGUGUGUUAUGUGCAGUUGGACACAUCUCACUUACGUGAGGCAUCAGGGUGUCGUCUUCUAGCCCGUUGUCUGUGUACUUCCCCAGCCCUAGAGCAGCUAGUUGGAACUUAAAGGAUGGGCUGGCUACCACCAUAAAUCAUGGUCAAUUACGGAUUAUGAAACUCAAUACAAUCAAUUAUGUACUUUAGUGCUUUGCAAGUUUAGCUCAGCUAAAAUCACAUGAAACUGAGGUAGUUUGAAGGAAUAUGGACGAAAUAUAAAUAAAGCUUCCAUGCUGCACCCUUGCCAAUGCAUGAGCUCUUGUCACAAUAACCCCAAGUAAAACUGGAAUUUGUAGUCCUGUGCUGUACUGGGUUUGGGGUAGGUGGGAAGAAACCCUUCACCGUUCUUAACUACAGCUUCUGGAAGGUAAUAGGGUGGGUGGGUAGAAACAUUUUAAGUUCUUCUCAGAGGUAAACUUCACAAAGUUGUGAUGGCCUAGAGAAAGGAGGGGUGAGGUGGGUAGGAACUAAAUUUGCCUAGUCCUUUUGCUGGUGAACUCAGCCAUGGUGGAGAGGAAAGCAGUGGAGCUGAGAACCCAGGAAAUGUCCACCUGUAUCAGGGUGUUAAAAUGACAGGAAAGAAA